AUGGAAGAGAGGCCAGUGCAGGAGGAGAAAGCAGGGACGGGUGAACUGGAGAUGCCCAGUGGGGACACCAGCCUUCUGCAGCUGGACCUUGCUGUUCUUCCCCGCCUGGGGCCAGUGCUCCUUGUGUCGGCAGCUCAGCGACCACACUGCACUGUUAGAGACAAGGAGGCUUUGGAGAACCUCGACGGCUUCCCCACCUUCCACACUGGGCACAUGGGCCGAGACGGAGGAGAACAACUGUGGGGAAACACCGAAAUUGCAGCAGAUUGCUCAAUAACCCCAGCGGAGGCAUGGGUCUUCCGCAGUGAGGAGUUCAGCGCUGUCAGCGCCAGGGCCUGGCUGUGCCUCCCUUUGGUCCUGUGGUCUCGAGAUGACGUGGCCUCCAAGCACAAUUAG